GUGGUAUUGUCCCGCCUCAGCACUGCGAGCACAGGGAGAGGCGGCGCUUCCCAGAAAUGGCAGCGUGAACCGAGCGGCGCCGCCCGUGGAGCGACGCCCCGGCACCGGCUGAAGCGGGCUUCGGGGGCCACGGUCGACCAGGAUGCCAGCUCUGUUGGGGCUUUUCAGCGUGUGCCUCCUGGUGAUCACGGGGAGCUUGUACCACCCCCGCCUCCUGAGUGAUGAAGUAGAGAGUGAAGAGGUCCGGUCAAGAAUGAAGGAGCAGGAGGUUCAGUACAAGCUGGAGAUGGAGCGGCUCCAGAAAGAAGUGGAGGAGAAAAGUAACCGUGAUCAUAAUGUGAAAGUCAAUACGUUUGCAAAAGCGGAGGAUCCAGAGAAGAUGGAUUGGAACACCUGGAAUAUUCUCUUAAUGGUCACAAUUCUGUUCCUGGAACUGUGGAGAAAAGACACAUGGCCACAUAUUCCCCAUGACUAUAACAGUGAGGAAGAGGAGGAAGAAGAAAAGGAAAAUGAGUUUCCUCAAAGAAUUUACAGCAACAUUUUAAACAUUCCUGAUAAAAGCGUGCUGGAUCAGUUUUACAACAUCUGCAUUGAGAACGUGAGCCAAGAGCCAAUGCAGACCUGUGAAUUUGUAGAAAGUUUUGUGGACAAUCUUUUGGAAGCCUGCAGAAAUCUUUGUCAGUGGGACUCUGAGCUGAUCCUUGAAGACUGCCUGGGCAUUGGGAGUCAGUUUGAAAAAUGGGGCUGCAAGACGCCAUCCGUAUAUGAUAUUUUGGUUCCAAUUUUUCUCCAGGAUGGAUAUUGUUUUAAACCGGAGAUCUGUUGCUGUGACAUCCCACCUGAUAAACAGAAUUAUGGCAGGAUUCUCAUGGUCACACCAAACAGCGCUGAGUUGGGCUGUCAGUGUAAAACCACAGAACUUGAAGGAGAUGUUCUUUGCCUUAUUCACAGCAAGAGAUUUGAAUCUGAUGUUCAUGCCAAUUGCCUAGCUUCUAUCAUGUGCUCCGACUGGUACUUGGAUUAUAAGAAAGUUGUGAAAUGGUUAAGGGUUGCAUUAGCUCAAUCCUGGAACAAAAUUUGUCAUAAAUAUGACUUUGUACUUACCUUCCACAAUAUUACUGGUUGCUGUGGUUUAAAAGUCCAAUAUCAGUCAGGACGAACCAUUCACAUAAAAGUCUUCCCUGCUGUGAGACUGAAGGAUUCGGAUGUCUAUCUUGUAUCUAGUUUUUCAGAUUACUCCAAGGAUAAUACGCUAUCCACUACCUACUGGCACAUUUCUUGUGCUGUCUGUGAGUAUAGGUUUCUGAAAAUCAUGGCCAAAAAUGUCCCUAAAAGCAGCUGUCACCUCAAGUGUCUUCAAAUAUUGAUCUUUCUAACUGAAAAGCUGCGCAGUUCUCCAGAUCAGCGAUAUGUUCUUGGGUCUUAUCUUUUUAAGACGAUCCUUAUGCAUCUGUUGUUAAGUCAGCCAUAUUCAAACUGGCAUGAAUGUCACCUGGAACAUAGGCUUAGAGAUGUUUUGAAAUAUCUUGGAAAAUGCUUGGAUGAGAAACGGCUCCACCGAUUUAUGAUCGGAAAUCAAACCUUUCCUAAGCAAAUUGGAAUUCCAGAAAUGCUUCUGCAAGCAGAACCUAUAAACCUCUUCCGGUCAUUUGUAACAGAGCGUGAUUCUUACAGUCAGGCGCUUAUGGAAUAUCAGAAAAUAUUGAGGGACAUGGGUCCGUUAAUGAUGGAAUGCAUUAAAGAUAAUACAGUCAGCUGACUGAAAACAUUGCCUUUGCUCCCAGGUUGGGAGCAGAAUUAUUUAAGAUGUGUAAUAUUUACAGUUCUGCUAAGAGUACAAUCUAAUAGAUGUGUUAUUUAUAUCCCAUUCAUUCCUGUUGUCCCUUACUUGGCCAAAUAUUUCCUCUCUUGGGUGAUGGUGGGAGGUUCACUAUUUUGGAUAAUUCCAAUGCAUCAGCCACCACUUUCAUCCCCCUCAUGGGAUAUUCGCCACCUACUUGUAAAUCUUGAUGUUUCAAAGAUAAUAAAAGUGACAGUAUACUGAGGAUUCCCACUACCUUUCUAGAGAGUUGCAUGUGAAUUAGCCCUCCUCUUGAAAAUGUAAUUGAGUGGUUUUGUGAGACGCCAUCGUCAUUCCAAAUGGGAUAGGCUGGCAGUGAAUGGCCUGGUUUUUUCCCAAAGGGGUAAAUUAAGCAAUGUGUCAGUCUGUGUUUUGCUCUAGUACUUCUACAGGGAUGUAAUCAGUAAAAUUUAAGCCAAACCAACAAUUUAGUGUGGCCAAACUUCUAAUUCUUGCUCAAUGCAAUGCAGAAAUCCUGAUUCAUUCACAAAGAGUUCAUCGAAAAUGAAUUGUACAAAAACAGCUGAUUCUCCAAUUAUUACAAUAUGUCAAAGUAUUCAUUUUUUGCUGUGUUAUGUUUUUCAUAACUUCAGUACCAAGUUUAUGAAAUGUGAAACUUCACAGCAAAGAUCUUAAGCAUAAAUUAUACAAGACUUCACUAAGAAACUGAAAGAAAGAGAAUGUGCUGAUAUUUGUAGGCCAUGACAGUUUUCUCCAUGGAUUUUUAUUUCCUGGGUUUUUUUUUGUUCAUGGGAGGGUGUAUUCUGCAAGAAAAAAUAAUAUUUUUACAAGGGGAUCAUGAGGUUUCUAAAAUAAAGGAGGUUGCUUCUCAACCAGAUAUUAUUGGAGACACAAGAGACUACAGACGCUGUAAACUGGAGUAAAAAACAAACUGCUGGAGGAACUCAGUAGGUCAGGCAGCAUCUGUGGAGGCAGAGGGAUGGUUGACGUUUUGGGUUGAGACCCUGCAUCAGGACUUCCCUCCUUUUACCAGAGAACACAAGCUUUAAGGUUUAGUUGAUGUGUGUUUCUGGGGAUGAACAUGAACCAAGUACAUUGGAACGCCACUGCAACUGCUUGUCGGAAUUGAGGUGGGCUGAUUUAAAUGUACCUCAAUGUAAGCUAAAAAUGUGCUCCAAAUGAGGAUAGACUUUUCUAAACCUUUCCCCAGGCAAGGUUCAAGAAAAUUUGUCCUUUUGACAGGUGUUCCCUCUUGCCUCUUACCACAUUUUUAAAAAUCUUUGUAUUUGUUCCAACAAACGUACACUAUUCCUUGUUUCAUCAUUGCAUUCAAAUGAAAAUUCAUGCAAUCCACUACUCACUAACAUAUCUUUUUAAAGAAAUUAAUUAUGAAACCCUAAAUUUCAUCCUUUAACACAUUGAUUUUUUUUCAAAAUAACUCAUUAUCUUUGAUAUUUUGUUCAAGCUUGAUAUUUUGUACUAAAGGCCUUGGCAUUCAACCACAGUGAUUUUAGUAAUUGCCAUGUUCCUGUGUAAUGUGUGUAUAACAGGGUGAUGUCUAUUAUACUCUGUUUUACAUUAAAUAAACAUUUUUUAUAUUU